UGGGGUCUUUGGGUCGAGGCCUUGGCUUAAGGAGAAGGAGGGGGGGGCUGAGGUCCACACAGUGAGUACUCCCUGGGCCCCCAAAGGGGUCCAGGCGAAGAGUGAGAGGGGCCCCCAUCCUUGCAAGGAAGGAAGCCAGGAUGUGGCCAUCCUUCCUGAUGCGGGACGUCCCCUGGGGACCUCUGGCAGGUGUGUCCAGAUGUGUCCCCGGGGCUUCCUUGUGUUCCAGUCUCAGGGCUGUGUGGUCUGGUCCUGAGUCUUUUGCCUCAGGCUCGGAAGGGGUGGGGCCCAGUCCUGCCAGGGGCAUAGCUGUCAGCAGAGAGGCCCAGAAGGAGAAGGUUCGGGCUGGAUUUGUGGUGGACUGCACAGCGUCCAGCCCAGGAUGUCCUGGCAGCAAGGCGGGGGGAGGGGGGGGAGGCAGGGCGGUGCUUGCAGCCUGCACCCACCCUGAGGUGCCCCGCCCCCUCCCUCCCUCUUCCAGGGACUGCAAGAGCUCUGGAGCUGAGGCCUUGGUCUGAGGCAGGAGUCCUGAGGUCACAGAGCAGAGGAGGUGCAGACCUGUGCCAGCCAGUUGUCAAGGUUCUCACAAACGUGCCCCUGCAGCAGAGGAGUGAGCACGGGCUGCUGACAGAAGAUCCAGAAGAGAGCCUGGUGGAUGCACACCUCUCUGGGGCUGAGGAUGGGGAGGAAACCCCAUCUCACUCCUCCUCCUCCUCCUCCUCCUCCUCGUCCACCACCUCCUCCUCUCCCUCCUCCCCCUCCUCCCUCACUUCUUCCUGCUCUUUCCUGUUUCUGAUGCCCCUGGAGGAGGGGUCAGCUGCUGGGUCCCUGAGUCCUCCCCAGAGCUCUCCUCAGAGCCCGCAGAGCUGCUGCCCCUCCCCUGCUGACAUGGCAGGUGCCCCGGGGAGCCACUCUGAUGAGGAGGGGUCGAGCACCUGCGGGGACUCGGCAGUGGCCCAGGCCUGGCUCCAAGAUGCCCACAGCGUGGCGGUGGCUUAGCUGGUUCUCUUUCUGCUCCUCAAGUAUCACAGCAAGCAGCCGACCACACAGGCGGAGAUGCUGACGGCGGUCAGCCAAGACGACCAGGACCAGUUCCCCGAGAUCUUCCACCAGGCCUGUGAGCACCUGCUGCUGGUCUUUGGAGUGGACGUGAAGGAAGUGGACCCCGGCGAGCACUCCUACAUCCCGCUCGCCGUCCUGGGACUCAGCUGUGAUGAUACACCGAGCGGUAGGCAGGGCAUGCCCAAGACGGGUCUCCUGGUGCUGGUCCUGAAGGUGAUCCUCCUGGAGGACAACCACGCCCCUGAGGAGGAGGUGUGGAGAGAGCUGGGUGUCAUGGGGGUGUAUGCCGGCAGGGAGCACAUACUCUACGGGGAGCCCAGGGAGCUGCUCACCCAUGUCUGGGUGCAGGAAGGAUACCUGGAGUACCGGCAGGUGCCCGGCAGCGAGCCCGCCCGCUUCGAGUUCCUGUGGGGGCCCAGGGCCCACGCGGAAACCAGCGGCCUGCAGGUGCUGCAGCAUAUCCUCAUGGUCAACAGCAGGUAUCUGGGCGCCUCCCUGUGCCUGGGUGAAGAG